UUAGUCGAAGCCCGAGUAGCUUCUGACCGCCUCGGCUUUCGCCGGAGAUCGGUUGUACACGACCAAAGACUGGAGUAGUUCGUGAAGCGAUUUUCUUCAGUAUUUUUGGUAUUAACCAUCUCGAGGCGACCUACUUCCUUGUUUCCCUUUUUAGUUUAAGCUGACAAUAUCAAAAUGACGAUUAUGAACCUGGAUCCAGCGCCGGGUGUUGCUGCCUUGCAGUCAUGGGGACCCCAGGCCUCGGCCUUAUUCAACAACGAAACCGUUGUUGACAAGGUGUUGCCAGAAAUGCUCCACAGAAUCGACCCACAUUGGUAUCAGUUCCCUCCUAUGAACCCACUAUGGCACGCAAUUUUGGCUUUCAUCACCUCAGUCAUCCUUAUAAUUGCAUCGACAGGCAACGGAAUGGUGAUCUACAUUUUUACGACAACAAAGACUCUCAAAACACCGUCGAAUCUGUUCAUCGUCAAUUUAGCGUUGUCUGACUUUUUAAUCAUCACUACUAUGUCUCCACCUGUGGUAGUGAACACAUAUUAUGAAACGUGGAUUUUCGGUCCUCUGGCAUGCGAUAUCUACGCAUGCUGUGGCUCAUUAUUCGGAUGCGUUUCCAUCUGGUCGAUGACCAUGAUUGCGUUUGACCGCUACAACGUCAUCGUAAAAGGCAUCGCCGCCAAACCACUAACAAACGGCGGCGCUCUGCUGCGAAUCCUUGGUAUCUGGCUGUUCUCGCUGGCCUGGACCAUCACUCCACUCUUCGGGUGGGGCAAGUAUGCGCCGGAGGGAAAUAUGUGCGUCUGCGGCACAGACUACUUGGACAAGUCCUGGGUCCACCGCAGCUAUAUCAUCCUCUACUCCUUCGCUUGCUACUUCAUGCCGCUGUUCCUCAUCAUCUAUUCCUACUGGUUUAUCAUUCAGGCAGUAUCGGCUCACGAAAAGGCAAUGAGGGAACAGGCUAAGAAAAUGAACGUUGCCUCUCUACGAUCAUCUGACCAAGCGAACACAAGCGCCGAAUGCAAACUAGCUAAGGUUGCAUUGAUGACCAUCUCACUCUGGUUCAUGGCGUGGACACCUUACUUGAUCAUCAACUUCGCUGGCAUCUUCAAGACCGAGCUGAUCAGCCCACUGGCCACCAUUUGGGGCUCCGUCUUUGCCAAGGCCAACGCCAUCUACAAUCCAAUUGUAUAUGGUAUAAGCCAUCCUAAGUACCGGGCAGCCCUGUACGCGCGCUUCCCCGCCCUCGCCUGUCAGCCAUCUGCAGAUGAGUCUGGAUCUGUGGCAUCAUCGGGCACCGCUGUACAGGAGGAGAAACCAUCCGCGUAAAUCACGUGACAUAAACCGGAACUCUCGACUUUUAACGACCGACGAUCUCACGGCUCCAAUGGUGAUAAUGUGAUGUUAUAUUGUUAAAGAUUAUUGUUUUUAUAUUUUUUUUACAAGACAAUGAUGUGAACUCAUACACAGAGCACGUGCUAGAUGCAAUACUCAGAUAAACGCUUAUUUUCUGAUUAAAACACUUUUGUAUGCGUAUCUUUAGCGCGCGUUUUGUGUAUCGAGUUAGAAGUUGCACAUUUUUUAUAUGAGCGGCUUUAAGUCAGCGGCAUAAAAAUGUAAAAAAAAAAUGGGAGACAUGUCGCUAGGCUGCCCCGUUAUCAUGAGACUGCUCCCUUAGUUUUAAGACGGACUCUUUACAAACGACACAGGCAAAUGGUAUUUCGGACAAAUAAAGUUUUGGCAAGCAUAGUGGUAAAGUGCCACGUAA